AUGUCGUUCUACCUUCCCACCUGCAGUCUCGGUCUCAGUCUUCUUCUCGGCCCGAACUGUUGUACUAUCGAUACCCUGCUCUUGACGGUGGGAACGGCGACGGCCAUCAUCGCAGGUGCAUUGACUCCGAUUCUUGGCUCCGUCUACACUCGACUCUUCGACCAAGUGGUAGCUCAAGAUUCGGUUUUGUCGGCUCAAAGCCAUGAAUACCAGCGUGAAGCUUUUCGACAUAUCGACGCACUUUUGAUCAUCGUUUGCGGCCAAUUCAUUUUCACCUAUAUCUAUUUGGGCUGUUGGGGCAUGUAUGGCCAGCGCUUGACGCAGCGUAUCCAGUACGCCGCGAUGAAUGCACUCAUACAUCAGGAACUUGCGUUUUCCGAGGCGCUCUCACCCGGUGAACUGGACGCUUACCUGGACACCGACAUUGACCACAUCAGGCAAGGUAUCAGUGAGCGGUUGGGCAUUCUGAUCUCGCUUACUUCAUUCAUAUUGGCGUCAUAUGGGCUUAGCAUCUGGGAGUCUCCCACCUUGACGUGGAGGAUGUCCGCGCUGCUCCCGAUUUAUCUGGGGUUGCCAAUGCUCGGUCAAGAGACAAAGUGGAACAGGAGCAUUGAUGAUUGUGUCAACGCGGCACGCGCGUUUGCCUCCGAGUCUGUCAGUCAUGUUAUGGUGGUUCAUGCCUUCCAAGCAGCCCGCAAAUUUGCAGAGCAUUUCCGUCAGAGACUGCAAGGGGUGGAAGAUACCCUCAAGGCGAAGCUUCUCUUUACUGCGAGCUAUUCAGGGCUUGCUCACUUCUUACCUUUUGCUUUUAGGGCAUUGGCGGAUUGGGAACUGGGUCGGAUCGCGUCAACACCAGCAGCAUCGCGGCAGACUACUCUAGGACGGGCCACUGCUGUGUCGAACAACUUGAUUGCCGUGGCUUUUACUAUCCCCACCCUUAUACCAUCCUUGACGGCAUUCAAUGCUGCAGUGAUGUCCUAUGGCCAUCUGAAACCAAUGCUGGCACGAGUCUCACGAAUCAACGAAAGCUCAACGGAAGGCGUUCGAGUGUCGAGGACGGUUGGAGGAUUCACCGUACGUCACGUCAAGUUUCAAUAUCCCGGGCCCCAGGACACGUGCGUACUCGAUGGAAUUUCCCUCCAGAUAUCAGGUCGUGGUAGCACCGCGUUGGUGGGGCGAUCGGGUAGUGGAAAGUCGACCUUGGCAAGUCUAUUGUGCCGAUUGCAUGACCCUCAGUCCGGAUCGAUUGAGCUUGAUGGAAGAGACCUGCGCGAGUAUAACAUUCGCAGCCUGCGCAGUACUAUUGCGAUAGCAGAGCAGCAUCCAGUGCUGAUGGCCGGCUCGAUUCUCGAAAAUGUUGCGCACGGGCUCGUCCGUCGCAUUGUGGACUGGCCGCUGCAGAGCUCUCUCACUGAAGUCGUAGCGCGAAUUCGCGGUGGACAGACAUGGGACGAGGCGGUCAAAAGUUCGCCUCUCGUGGGCGACAUUGUCUCGCGAGUUGUUGACACGUUGGAACAGGUGCAAGCCUUGGGCUUCGUCUCGAGCCUUCAACAUGGCAUGGCCACCGAGGUGGGACCCGGAGGUGUACACCUGAGCGGCGGUCAGACUCAGCAGAUUGCGCUAGCCAGAGAAGUGGUUCGUGACUCUCCCAUCCUUAUUUUGGACGAAGCAACAUCUGAGGUCGAUGCGUUAACCGAAAAAGCCAUUCUAGACAACAUAAGAUCCAGAAGUCGUGAUCGAGCGAUUGUUAUGAUCACGCACAGAUUGUCAACAGUGCAAGUCUGUGACAACAUAUUCGUAAUAGCCAAUGGCACUGUAGUGGAACAAGGAAGCUUCCAAGAGCUGAUCUCGAGGCAUGGGACCUUUGCAAAGAUGGCGAGUCUACAGCAGGUGGAGUCAGGCUCCACGAUUCAUUGUUCUGUGCCCCCCAUCAAGGCAGAGCCAGAGCCAGAGCCGAAUGCAAUUGAUUCACAGAGCCGCCCAGCCAAGGGUUACGUCGAGAGCAAGCCACUCAGCAGCUCAUCAGCAUACUAUCAAGUCGUAUCGUGCUUCCGAGAGCACACUCGAGCACAUGGCUUGUACAUCACUAUUGCAUUUCUGGCCACCGUGGUUCUAAGUGCUUCCCCUGUCAUCGAGACGGCCAUCAUGUCAAGUGCUCAGAACGAGGUCGCUCAAGAACGGCGCCAUGAGUCCUUGUCGCUGACCAUGACUCGUCCGUACUGCAUGAUCUUCAUGGCAGUUGGUGUUAUUAUUUGUGCUGCCGGGUUCUUCAGCACUUAUGCGAUCGAGCGAGUCACCCAAGACAUCCUUUGCCGAACAAGGGUGCUCUCAUUGCGAGCUUUGCUCGCUCAGAGCCUAAAAUGGCAUGAUGAAAACUGGUACAUUGGGACCACAUUCUUUACGGACACGACACUACUCGGCGAUCUGGCAAACAUCAUCAUUGAGCUUACUGUUGGCGCUACCAUCUCCUUCGUGACCGGGCCAGCAGUGGCGCACAUGAUUGCAUGGAAGCUUGCAUUAAUGCUGUUGCCAACCCUUCCAUUGGCUGCCACGGGUGGCGCAUUGUGCUCGAAACUUCUCGGUCCAUAUUAUGCUCGACACUUUGAGGCAUUUAGGCACUCAGUCAACAUCGCCAAAUCCGCCGUAGCAGCGCUGCGUCACAUCAUGCUAUUCGGUCUAGAAGACGAGAUACUGCAAUCGUUGACGCACAGCCUUGACUCGAGUCACGUUGUGCUCAUGCGCAAAGUGAUGUGUGCCAACUUCUACCUGGCGAUAUCGAUGAGUCUGCCACUUCUCGUCAACGGACUGGCGUACUGGUGGGGACUUCGUCAGGUGUUCUCAGGACAGUACAGUGUAACGCAGCUAUUCCUGACUAUUCCUACACUCGCUUCUGGAGCUCAUGGUCUAAGCAAACUCAUGCUUCUUCCGCACAAGAUUGGCGAGGUCAGCUCCGCCGCAGUUAGAAUCUCGGACCUUGUCGCAUUGUUGCCUCGACAACAAAAGCACUGGACACCGAAUGAACAGCUACAUCAAGCGGACCCAGCGAGCAAGACAUUCUUGGCUUCAGAGGCCAUUUCUACACCUGACGACCUGUCGCGAAAGAAAGCCGCAGUUGCUAUCGACAUACGAUCUGUGCGAUUCUCCUAUCCAAGUCGACCAAUGAGCGACGUUAUCCGCGAUUUGACCAUUCGCAUUCCAGGAGGGUCGUUCUGUGCCCUCGUUGGCAAGUGCGGUUCCGGAAAAUCCACAAUCCUCAGCCUGGUCAAAGGACUGUAUUCACCUUCGCAAGGUCGCAUUGUCGUCGAUGGCAUAGAUGUCGAUGCCGAAGAUGGUGAAUGGCACAGUACCCGACGAGCCAUGUCUCUGGUGCCACAGGUCAAUGCGGUCUUUGAUGCCCCUGUUGCCUUCAACAUCAGCAUAGGAUCCGAUCCAACAGCGGAAUCAAGCCAACUCAGCCAACUCGAACGCGCUGCUCGAAGCGCAGGCAUCCACGACGUCAUUCAAGCACCACCUUCAGGCUACCAAACAUAUUGUGGAACAGGAGGGAAACGCUUCUCUGGGGGUGAGAGACAGAAGCUGUGCAUCGCACGAGCACUAGUACGAGACGCCAAGAUCCUUCUGCUCGACGAGCCAACGAAAGGUCUUGACAGCGAGGCUGAAGCUCAAUGGCAGACUCAGCUGCUGCAUACCAUCAACAAACAGCGCAAGGUCACAGUGGUGGUGGCAGCACAUCGACUACACACUGUGCAGCACGCUGAUAUCAUAUUCAUCAUCGACCAAGGUCGAUGCAUUGACCAGGGCACUCAUCGAGAGCUGCUGGUACGGAAUGCUUGGUAUCACAAGAACGUGCUUCAGCAAAAGUUGAAUGAGCAAUAA